AUGCCAUUUAUUGUGCGUGUAUGCAAAGGCGAGGACUCUGAUGUGCUGCGGGAUGCCAGGUCUCUCCGCACACUCAUCUUUGUCGGGGAACAGGGCGUCCCCACCGAACUGGAAUUCGACUCCAAAGACGGCGAGGCCACUCACUUCGUCGUUUACGAAAUCCAAAGUGAAUCCAACCAAACAACAACAACAACACCGCCGCUGGCAGUGGCCUCCGCUCGGGUGCGGGUGGUGAGGGACUGCGGGGUGUAUGCGUAUCCCUCGCCAGUCGCCAAGGUGGAGCGGGUGUGUGUGCGGAAGGAAUAUCGUCGACGGGGUUGUGGGAAUAUUUUAAUGCAGGCAGUGGAGAAGUAUAUAGAGAAAACGUUGAAGCUGCCGUCUGUGGUAUUGCAUGCACAGGUGCCAAUAAAGUUAUUUUAUAUUCAGCGUGGAUAUACAGAAACAUCAGAGGAGUAUUUGGAGGCGAAUAUACCACAUAUCUGCAUGUCAAAGAUAUAG